UCUUUCUUCGGCACUUAGAAAACAAUAAACUACAUGACUACGAGUAAAUUCUGUCCUUAGAUAAUUUAAUACAUUUCUCGAUAGCAAUGCAGGUGUUCAUUUUCUAUCAGAUAUGGUUACCUUGAUAAAAGUCGUGGUCGAUCAGCACACCAGAAAUUCGUGUGUUUCAGUUAGACACAGGUGUUCCAAACAUGUUACGUGUUCGAAAUAUCGGGCUUUGUCUGCUGCUUUGCUUUCAAUGUAUUUUACAUAAUGGUUUGGCACUCGGCGGGAAAGCGCAAGAAGGACACGCUGUUGGUGUCGAAGUGUUAUUAGAUGAGGAUAUUGGCUGGAAAUGUGAAAAUGGUUCUGAUUGUACCGUGGCUGCCACUAGUUGUGUCAAUGGCACAUGCCAAUGUCCUGCUGGUCAGAUUUACAAUGGAGCCAUGACGACGUGUAUUAAAGUUGCUACCACGUAUGGUGACAGUUGCGAAGAAUCGGCACAGUGCUCCAGGUAUUUAUUCAGCGGUGGAAUUUGCACGAAUGGCAUUUGCGUAUGUGCCAAAGGAUAUUAUUACAUGCACGGAAGGUGUAUUGCAUAUUCAGGAUUAUUCGGCAAAUGCCACAAGGACGACGACUGCUACGUAAAUGGCGACUUCGAAGCAACAUCCUGCGACCAGAAAAAUAAAAUUUGCAAAUGUAGUCCGGGUUACUAUCAGAGAGAAUAUAGAACAUGUCGACCAGAAGCAAAACUUGGCGAAAAAUGUGCCAUAGAUAACGAUUGUACGCGAUUCAAGAAGGAUGCAUAUUGCAACAUAGACAACACGUGCGUUUUACUGAUAAGCAAUAGUACGUUAAACUUCUUGCAUAAUGAUGACACUCUUCGAGAAGCUGAUGCAAGCAAACCAGUAGCAGUUACUAUUCUCAGUAAUUGCACAGUGGACACAGAUUGUGAAAAUUUUGGAAACGCUACUUGUGGUCCCUUGGGAACCUGUAUCUGCAAACGUGCAUACUUCUUUGUUCAAAAUGUGAACAAAUGUGUUCCAGAACUUGGAGAGCCGUGCGUGGCUGGGAAGGAAGAUGCUGUUAUCGAAUAUUCGACAUGUCAAAACGGCAGAUGGAAUUGCGAACAUUAUAGAGCUGCUACCACUGAUAACAGAGAAUGCGUAAAGGCGAUAAGAAGGUACAAUGAUUUUUGUCGAUCCGAUAUGCAAUGUUACAUUUUCGGGCCGGAUGCUAUUUGUAAAGGAAACAAAUGCGUUUGCAAUGAGAAUUCCCGGUAUAACGAGACCGAGUUGUUUUGUUGGACAAAACGAGGAGUAGGUGAAACGUGUCAGCAAGAUACAGAUUGCUACGUUGAUGGCAUGCAAGCCGAGUUAUCUUGCGUGAAUAAAUCGUGCUCCUGCCCAGAAGGAACUCAUCCAAAUAUCAAUCGCACAGCUUGCGUGAACACAGCAGCUGAAAUUGGAGAAAGGUGUGAAGUAGAUAAAGAUUGUGUUACGAAGGAUGCAGAAUGUAUAAACGAAAUUUGUGCUUGUGUAAAUAAUUAUUACGAGUUAAACAAAAAAUGUGUACCAGGUAUCAACGCUAAUUGCACCCGGGACGAAGACUGUGACCCAGAAAACUCAAAAUGUGAAUCGAACCGAUGCACUUGUAAACAGGAUUAUGUUGCCCCGUCAAUUACCAUUUGUCUGCCAGUUGUAUCAAUUGGAGAACCUUGUGAGGAAGAUAUUCAGUGUUCAAAUAGGACACUAAACGCAGUUUGUUCACGUGAUAAUAUGACGAUGGCGGACUCGAUAUCGAAUUCCACCUGCGUUUGUGCCAUAGGUUACCAUUAUAAUUACAACAAAUGUUUCAAACGUAAAGUUCUCGGCAUGGAGUGCGAGAGUCUUGGAGAAUGUUAUCUGGAUUACGGGCAUGGAGUGGUCUGCAAGAACAGUUGGUGCGCAUGCGAUUCGGGUUACAUUCAAGUAAAUGACACUGUGUGCGAGAGUACGCGACGUUCCAACAAUAACACUGGCAGUGCUAUAACCAGUACAAUGGGACUAAUACUAGUAUUAUUGCUGUUACUGAAUUUUUAA